AGCUGGCAAGAAACUUCAUGAUCCGGCAAAGCGGGCCUUUGCACUCCGAAUCCGCCACCACCAUGACGGAAGAAACACCCACUGAAAUCUUUCUCCCGCCUUCAUUUCCAUACCCAAUCAAGAUAUCCUCUAUUGACGCGCCCACAGCGAGCACCGUUCAGCGUGGAGUCCGUCUGCUGAGCUAUUCCUUCCUGUCCACCCCUCAAGGUGGCCACCCAGAGACUCGGUUUGGGACCUGGGACUGUGCUAUCGAUGGGGACAUUCAAUCAUGGAAUAUCAAGGCUGGAGAUGUCAUUACUGCAGCAAGGGCGAGAGAUAAGCCUGUUGUGGUAAUACAGGAACCAUGCAAACACGGGAUGCAGCUUGGUGGACUGUGUGUUUUGUGCGGCAAGGACAUGACCAAUUCUGAUUAUAUCGGAUUCUCGGACACUUCACGCGCUUCUAUUCAAAUGACACAUUCUGCUAAUGGCCCUACUGUGUCCUUCGAGGAGGCUCAGCGCAUCGAACGCGAGACAGCAGACCGCUUGAUCAAAGCGCGCAAGCUGUCGCUUAUCGUGGAUCUCGACCAGACAAUCGUACAUGCGACUGUGGACCCCACUGUUGGGGAGUGGAUAGCAGAAGGUGAGGCUUGGGAGGAGAAACAUCAACAGAAGAAUGGGAACGGUGUACAGCCGGACGAGGAAUCUUCUGAUACCGACGAUGAGGAGUGUAAUCCCAACUGGGAGGCCCUCAAGGACGUCAAGAAGUUCAAACUGGGGCCUGAAUCAUUCGGGGCACCGUAUGAAGUCAAGGGCAAGGGCAAGUCCAUUGAACAGGACGGAUGCAUGUACUACAUUAAGCCUCGACCUGGGUGGGAAAACUUCCUGCAACAAGUCGCGGCCAAAUACGAGAUGCACGUAUACACUAUGGGCACGCGUGCUUACGCUGAACAAGUGUGUGCAGCUAUUGACCCGGACGGCAACCUUUUCGGUGGAAGGCUGCUCAGUCGAGAUGAGAGCGGGAGCCUAACACAGAAAAGUCUACAACGACUGUUCCCUUGUGACACAUCCAUGGUAGUGAUCAUUGAUGAUCGAGGGGAUGUAUGGGAAUGGAGUCCCAACCUUAUCAAAGUUGUUCCCUACGACUUUUUCGUGGGUAUUGGAGACAUCAACUCUGCAUUCCUUCCCAAAGUACCAAGUUCUGCCCUCGCGUCCUCGUCCACCCAAGCGCUGAUAACACAGAAUUCGAUCGCACUUGAAGCUCAGGUAGAAGGAAGGCCACUAGCAAAGAUGCAAGAGCAACUCGCAGACAGUGACGACACAGCCAAAGAAAAGGAGGUCAGUCCAACACACGAUCACAAACAGACCAGUCACCACAAAAAAGCUUUGUUGAAAAGUCAAGACAACGAAUUGGAGCGUGUUCUAAAACUACUUGACGAAGUCCACCAACGUUUCUUUGAUGCCCAUGACGCUUUGUUGAGCAAACAAAAACGCGAGGAGGAUGAACGGGAUGUAACGAAAAUUAUACCCAGCAUACGGUGUAAAGUUCUUCAAGGAGUGCAUAUUGUAUUCUCUAGUCUCUUCCCGAUGGAUACGAAACCCGAAUCGUCUGAAGUGUGGAAAAUGGCGCGCACGUUUGGCGCAAAGUGCUCUGCGGAGCUUGUCGAAGGUGUCACCCAUGUCGUCGCGGCCAAGCCUGGCACGGACAAAGUGAAUCACGGCUCAAAACGACCGGGAGUCAAAGUCGUCUGGGCCCAAUGGCUCACUGAUUGUAUAACGCUUUGGCAGCGGGUGGACGAAACUCCGUACCUGAUGGAUCCUGGGGUGGAUAGAGAAAGUGUCCUCACGCAUGGCGUCGUCGUGCGGGAUAAGGAUAAACACCACCAUGAGGUGGGAACUGAGCUGGAGAUUGGUGAGAUUGAUUGGAAUGAUAUCAAUGACGAGGUUGACGCUGCCAUGAAUGAGAGCGAUGAUGACGAGGAUGAAGAUACACAGAGAGAGGGAUAUAGGGUCUGGGACCCAGAUGACGAGAGCGCACCAAAUACACCAAGGAAACGAACAAGGUCGAGAAGUGCGACACCAUCGACAUCUGGUGACGGAGGCAGUCCGGAGUCGAAAAAAAGGAAGCUCGAGGGAUCCUCAUUAAAGGAGACGGUAAGCGCUACGAACUUGACAGAAGCGGAAGAAGACGAAGAGGAUGACGAUGAAGAGGAAGAAGAGGUCGAGGUCGAUGACGAUUUCCUAGCCAAAGAACUGGAAGAGGACUGGGGAUAACAGACAUUCCCUUCUUUUGAUAUGGCUUUCAUACUUGUCGGGUGCAUCGCUAAUUUCCUUCUGUCAUUGCUCCUGUAUCUAUUAGCUGCGGGUAUGGUUUUCUUGGUGCCAAGAACUGGUCUGUAUAAUCUACUUUCUUUAUGAUCUCUUUAUUACGCAUAAUUCCAUCCAGGUACAUGGAUGAUAGCUGUAUAGUAUUUCAGAGUAAAUCAAAAAACCGAAGGCACACGAUGGUUGAGUAGUGGAUAACUAAGUGCAAAUCGGGACUUGUAUAUCACCAUAUGAGCGGUGUACACUGCACAAGACAGCGACUCUUGGAUAUUAACUCUGGUCAAGCAAAGCAU